GCUCAGUCUGUGUGUGCGCAAAGUUUCCUGCGCCUCGACCAUCAACUUCUUCUAUUGACAUGAACGCGCUUCGGCGGCUACUAACGCAGCUUAUGCGGGGAUAGGAAGCCGUGAUCGCGGGUGCGGGAAGACCCGGUCCGGCCCGCAUCUGGAGCUGGAUAAUAUGGGUCAGACAGCUGUGUCUGCCGUGUCUCAGUCAGCCAGUGUUGAUGGCCUAGAGAAAUCAUCUGUGGCCAGCUGUGAUGUAGUGGUGGACAACCCUUCCAAUACCCAGAAUGCCCAUGGGUCACGGCAGCAACGAGGCAAGCUGUCGACGCUGGGUAGGCUGUUCAAACCCUGGAAGUGGAGGAAGAAGAAAACCAGUGACAAGUUCCAGGAUCUCUCCAAAGUUCUAGAGAGGAAAAUCUCCACCAGACAAACUAGAGAAGAGCUCAUCAAGAAAGGGGUCCUCAUCCCUGAGCAAGACGAACCAAUCAGUAGCGAAAAUCUGAACGGCCAUGCAUCAUCCAGUUUGACUCCAGAGGAAGUCAAAGUGGACAUCGAGUCUCCUGAGGGUCGUGUUGAGGAACAAGCUGUUGGACCAGUCAGCACAGAGGAAAAACCAUCAGCUAAAUCAUCCGCUCCAAAGAAGACAGGAGCUGCAAGUAAAACCACCUCCACUACCACCUCAACUCCUCGUUCUCGGGCAUCCAAGGAUGCAGCGGCCCGUUCUGAAGGGACGGCUCCAAAGACCAACAGGAAAUCAGACACUCCAGCUUCUUCAUCUGAACCUCAGAAAACCUCCACAGAGACUCCUAGUCAGCCUGAGGAGUUAAAAUCAUCUCCAGCCUCCUCAGACAAAAAGCAUCCUUCAUCCAAAACCUCUGGAAGCAAGGCAGAGGGAAAUCAGAAUGCUUCUAAACCUGAUGGAGAGCCUAAAUUGGCUCCAGAUGACAUUGCUUCAAAAGAAGAGACUAACAAGGUUGAAGCUGCUGAGAACACAGAGGAGUCUUCUCAUAUCAACCAGUCUACGGAGGACACGUCGUUCACAGGAGAGAAAGACAACAGUUCACAGAGGGAGACACCUGAAGGGACAGAAAGGGGGGAAGGGGAGGACGUGAAAAAGCCAAGAGAAGCAGAUUGUGGUAAAGAGAACGGCUCAAGGUCAACGGAGGACGAAUCGGAAAAGCAGCCGGGCCCGAGUGUGAAGAUGGAUCAGGUCCAGGUCACGGUUAUCCCCGAUAGGCCAAGAGACAGCCAGACUAGUGAUUCUGAUUCAGAUGGACCAAUCCUGUACAGGGGUGACGAUGACGAUGAAGACGACGAAGAUGAAUACACAAACAACUCUUUGGCCAGCAAGAUCCGCCGCCGAGACACCCUGAACAUUAAGCUGGGCAAUCGACCCAGUAAAGAGGAGUUGGAGGAGAAAAACAUUCUGCCAAGGAGCUCGGAGACAGAGAGACACGAGCUCCGUCAGCAGAUAGGCUCCAAAUUAGUCAGACGCCUGAGCCAAAGACCUACCACAGAGGAGCUGGAGCAGAGAAACAUCCUCAAACAAAAAAAUGAAGAUGAGGAGAAAGAGGCCAAGCAAGAGAUUAAAAGGAGACUCACCAGAAAGCUGAGUGUGAGGCCUACAGUGGCAGAGCUGAUUGCUCGCAGGAUUCUGCGGUUUAACGAGUAUGUGGAGGUGACGGACGCUAAGGAUUACGAUCGUAAGGCAGACAAACCAUGGACACGUCUCACUCCUGCUGACAAGGCUGCUAUACGUAAGGAGUUGAAUGAGUUUAAGAGCCGGGAGAUGGAGGUUCAUGAAGACAGCAAACAGUUUACAAGGUUCCAUCGACCCUAGGUGCUCCUACGGCUCUCGCACUUCUCCUUUGUCUACAUCUUCACCUUAUUUCUCUUCAAACCUGUUAACCUCUUUGAACCGGACACCUUGGCCUGUCCUCGCAGGGAGGGCCCAGUUUUCAUUUACAGAAUAGACCGAGAUGGAUGAGUCAGGGUGAUCUCUGUCAAAGGAUAGUGGGAUGUUUAUAAAAACAGUGCCACAAUCGCUCAACUUGACUUCUCCUGAAUACAAAAAAAUCCAAGAUGUCAUCUAUGAAGAGGAUCUGUUGCUCAUGUCGAUACAUAUUUAUGUCUUUAAUGACAGCUGAAGAAGUGUCUUAAGGCCAAGGCCAUGUUAAGGCACUUAGGAAAUAUUUGCACAUAUCUAUGAUGAGAACAGUGCUGUGUAUAGCUCACUCAGUAGGACCUCUUAUUUAUUGUAGAUUAUAAAACCUUUGGUAUUUUUAUUGUUUUUGUUUUAUCUUUUUUCUCUUGUUCAUUUCAGGCCUUGUAAUGAGAGGUCAGAGUUUGGAAAGAUGAGCAACGUUGCCUUUGUCACUGUGGCUCAGAUACAGAAUGGUGUGCUUGUAAAUGCCCAUAUAUGGGCGUCCUCCUGGAAAAGGAAAUGGGGAUGGUUGGGGGUUUCAGGAUGAUGUCAGUGCCUGUGGAACAGAUUGCUCAGAAGGGUGUGCAGUUUGUUCUGCUGUGAUGUGCCUCACAGUGAAAUUCCUUUUUUUUUUUUUUUUUUACAUGCUCCAAACUUUGCCACUAGGGGGCAUAAUAUCACAGUGGUUUUAGAUGGGGAUCUAAAGAGUGUGAGGAAGACAGGGAUUGUUCAGUUGCUGCAUAUAAAACUGCUGAAGCUUUUGAAGAAGUGAAAACCAGAAGCUUGAAUAGUAAAGUGUAAAUUAUAUUAGCCUUCUCGAAACCUGCCUCCUCAGCACGUCGUCAGUGUUCAUUUUACAUGAUGUGUCUUAUGCCGAGCUGCUGGGUGCAAACUAAUGAUCACAACACGAGUGGCUUGCUGUUUGGAGGAGCUACAGCUUCUUUCAAUUGCAGUUUUACAUUUAAAUCCUCUCGCUGGGGCGUCUCAUUUAGAGGAAUCUUUGCCAAAUAAGAAGUAGGAGUUUAAAUCUAAGUUGUCUUUCAAUUGAAAAAUGUAAGAUUUUUUUCUAUAAAGUAGGUUUUGAAUCUGGCCAAUAAUGGAGCCACUAAAAGCUAUGUUUACCAGAGUUUCUAGUCUUUCAAGUCAGGGCAAAAUGUUUUAUUUUACCAUCUUUCAGGUUUGGCUGAUUACAUUUUUCAUUAAUAUCAACAGUGAAACAUUAAGCAUUGUUUAUUUGUUUUCUUAUUUUACAUGUUCCUUCGUUUUUGAUUUGCCUACAGCAUCUUGUUUUCAGCAUUAUAGUCAUGAAUGUUUUGGCUCUAGUGUUUCAGGAUUAGAACCCAUGCAUAAAUUCACUCUAUUCUGGGGGGAAAAAUGACCAUUUCACAGCUUUUUGACAUUUGGAAUACUUGAAAACAAGGUUUUAAACUGGAUCUGGGGCGCUUCAACUCUGCACGAUUCAGGUGGGUUUAGAUGCCAGACAAAGCUGUGAUAAAUAGCUAUUAUUAUUAUUAUUAUUAUAUAUUUGUUGUUAAAGUUCAUAAUAUGGGCUUUAAAGAAUCCAACCUAAAAUUUAAGAAAGAAAUCAGAGAUUUUAAAAGAAAAUAACCAAUUUGUUAAAAAAUCCUCGCCAUGUCGCAGAAUCGGAAUCCGUAAUGCCUAAGUGGUUUUUACGUGGUAUCCAAAAUGUUAUAAAAACGGCUCAACAUGGAAGGUCAUCAAACACACAAAAAAUCUGUUUACCAAAGCUCCUUUCUUUCUUUACCAAUCAGGGAGCUAUUUGUGCAAUUUGUUGGGAAUGGUUGGUUAAUUUGAUCAAAAAUGUACUCCUUUGUGGAAAAAAUUAGCAGUGAAAUUAGUCUAAUUGAUAAUCAUUUAUUUGCUAUUAAAUGGCUUGAAUGCUUUUCUAUUUUUGAUAGGCAUGUGUUUGUAACCACAGCCUUUAAAAGAGUCAAAUGUGGAGAUUUUUUUUUUUUCCGUCAUUGUUUUUGU